AUGACGGCUGGUAUCAACAGCCUCGCCAUUCGUUCCUCGCCGACACGGGCAAUUCUUCUUCGACGAGCUUUGCAACAACAGCUGCCACUGAAACUUCAGUUGCAGCAGCGGGUUCAGGUGCAUUCAGGCGGUCCGAUUUGUCCACCAAAUUUCGAGACAAUGUUGCAACGGGCAAGCAGCAAGUACGAGGCCAACGCUCCUCCCCCCCAAAAGAGCCAGGCGAAAGGCGGGCCUUUCCUUCCUUCCAGUAGCCCAACACACAAUGCCGAUAUUAGACAACGACUAAAGAAGCCAAACGCCCCUGCUGUGUCGGCGAGGAUGAUGCCGCCCUUCUCCAAACCCCUCGAGAACCGAUCAUCCAACAUGAACCAAGCCUCGAGUAACAACAAACCCCCAGCCGGCUUAGAUAGGGGAUCUCUGGCUACACUCUGUGGAGGGUCGAAUUCAUUCAGUGAACAAACGGAUGUUGUCGACCUUACCGGCCCCGAAUCUCAAUCCAAAGCACAAGUUGCAGUCUUCUUUAACGAAAGUGAUUUUAGUGACGACGACCUUUUGGAUCUCGAUUUCAAAGCUCCGUCGGCCCUACCACCUCUUCCCCCAGCUGUUAGCACUCCCACGAAAAGCAUUCCCAACGAGAGAAUGCCACCGCCGACAUCGACGCAGACGGACAGGACUAUUCCUUGGUCCUCGUCACCCCCUUCACACUUCCUGCCACCUGCACGAAACACAUCCGCGGCUCCGACAAUGGCCAAUAUAUCAAUGAAACGUGAUUCAUCAGGCGACCAAAACGACAUUGAUGUCCCGGCACACAAGAAGGCCAAGAAGCGUGUACUGCCUCAAAGCUUCAAACAGGAGGAGCCUGAUGACGAUGAUGACAACCAUGCUUCUGUCACUCAGACACCAAACAACAAGCGGAAAGAUUUCCUGAAUCCUACUGCCAGCGCCGUCAAGGAACAGAAGAAGCAAUUCAGAAACCAGCGCCAACAAGAGCAGCCCGCAGCCAACACGGACUUGCCUAUGGGCGAGAUUCAAGAAGUCACUACAUCUCACGCCAAAGGUAACUUUGCUGUGUCUCUGAGUGAAGAGCAAAGACAUGUCUUGGAUCUGGUUGUAAACAAGAACCAGAGUGUUUUCUUUACUGGUGCAGCCGGAACCGGCAAGUCUGUCUUGAUGCGAGCCAUCAUCAAGGAGUUGAAGAAGAAGUAUGCAAAAGAUCCUGAACGUGUUGCGGUUACAGCUUCCACUGGACUUGCCGCAUGUAAUAUCGGAGGCAUCACUCUGCACAGCUUCUCGGGCAUUGGCCUUGGCAAAGAGGACGCUCCAACGUUGAUCAAGAAGAUUCGACGAAAUCCAAAGGCCAAAAACCGUUGGCUGAGAACCAAAUGCCUCGUCCUUGAUGAAAUUUCUAUGGUUGACGGCGACCUGUUUGACAAGCUGUCACAAAUUGGAAGAACAAUUCGCAACAACGGGAGGCCGUGGGGCGGCAUCCAGCUCAUUAUCACUGGCGACUUCUUCCAGCUUCCACCCGUACCGGACCAUGGAGCCAAGAGGGAAACCAAGUUCGCUUUUGAUGCCUCUACUUGGACCACUUCGAUAGACCAUACUAUUGGACUUACCCAGGUGUUUCGUCAAAGAGAUCCCGUAUUUGCCAACAUGCUCAAUGAGAUGCGUCUCGGCCGUAUCACUGAGGACACUGUUCGGGCCUUCAAAAGCCUGGAACGACCACUCCAAUUCAACGACGGCCUGGGGACGGCCGAGUUGUUCUCGACCCGAAAUGAGGUUGAAGGUUCAAAUGAAAAACGCCUACGAGAGCUUCCUGGCAAAAUCAUGCGGUAUGAGGCUCAAGAUACUGGCAAAGAAGAAGUUCGAGAUAAACUGCUGGUAAACAUGAUGGCGCCCAAGGUUAUUGACCUAAAGGUGAACGCUCAAGUUAUGUUGAUCAAGAACCUUGAUGAAUCACUGGUCAACGGAUCCCUGGGUAAAGUCAUUGGCUUUUCGGAUGAGAAGACGUUUGACAUGUCCGCGCCCGAUGAUGAGUUUGACGAGAAUGACCCAACAGCCAAAGCCCGAAAGAAGUUACUCAAGUCGUUCAAACAUGAAUCAGAGCCAAGUGCGGGCGGUCUCAAAUUCCCCGUGGUUCAGUUCAUGGCAGGAGACGGCACAUCGCGUGUGAUCCUCUGCCAACCCGAAGAAUGGAAAGUCGAAUUGCCUAACGGCGAGGUUCAAGCCAAACGCACCCAGCUCCCUCUGAUCCUGGCUUGGGCACUUUCCAUUCACAAAGCCCAAGGUCAAACCCUGGAGCGAGUAAAGGUCAAUUUGGGACGCGUAUUCGAGAAAGGCCAGGCCUACGUUGCUCUCAGUCGAGCUACUACUCAGGAUGGUCUGCAGGUUUUGGGUUUCCAAAAGUCCAAGGUCAUGGCUCAUCCUCGGGUCAUAGACUUCUAUAACAAACUCUACAGUGCAGAGGAAGCGCUUGGAAAGCCGAAAGCCCAAUCUAUCAGCGACUUUGUUUCCAAUCGCAUUGGGUCUGCACCUUCCAAGGCCCCGGCGCCCAAGAAACCAGCACGACAGGUGGUGGAUCUAGACGAUGAAGAGGAGGCGAUGGCUGCAUAUGGGAACUGA